GAGAGAGAGAAUAAAACACAGAAGUGAAAGAGGAAAAUACAGAAUCAAACUGAACCAGAGAGAAAAAAACACAGAAAGGAAAAUCAUUUCUACACCCCCUCCAUUUAUCCUUUCUAUCAUUGUUGUUUUCUUCUUCAAACCACAGAUCACAUUUGUUUUUUGUAUCUGCAACUCCUCCUCUGUUCAAGGAAUCCAGGCCUUGUAGAUUUCUGGCGAGUAUUACUAUUUCUGUCAAAUGGGAAUUUCCUUUUCCUGUCCAUUCGCAAGAUAUAGUGAUACGGAAAAUGGGUUAGAAUCUGUGAUAGUGAAAUCAAUUAAUUUUGGCGACGAAGAUGUGAAGACGCCUGUUCGAUCUGUCAGCUUCAAUGGCAGAAAUCCAGAGCCAACAAUAUUGAAGUCAUCAGGAUCUGGAAAAAUGGUGUUGGAAGGAUCUGUUAGCUUUAAAGGGUGUGAAUUGGAAUCAAUGAUCUCAGCUAAAUCUCCUAAACUGGAUAAAGAAAAACCCGUCCUAGUGACAUCAAAUGAUGUAAAAUUCAAAGACAUGGUUAACCAAAACCCAGUAUCAGAUGAUUCAGCAGAUAUGACUAGGCAAUUGCCUGUUUUAGAUCCUAGCAACCCGAAACAUGAGGCUGCCAUAAAAUUGCAGAAAGUGUACAAAAGUUUCCGUACAAGACGAAAGUUGGCAGAUUGUGCAGUACUGGUAGAGCAAAGCUGGUGGAAACUCUUAGAUUUUGCUGAACUAAAGCGGAGUUCCAUCUCAUACUUUGACAUUGAGAAACAUGAAACUGCAAUUUCGCGAUGGUCAAGAGCAAGAACCAGAGCUGCUAAGGUCGGAAAAGGUUUGUCAAAGAAUGAUAAAGCUCGAAAACUUGCAUUACAACACUGGCUUGAGGCAAUUGACCCAAGGCAUCGGUAUGGACAUAAUCUGCACUUUUAUUAUCUUAAAUGGCUCCAUUGUCAAUGCAGAGAACCCUUCUUCUACUGGCUGGAUAUUGGAGAAGGGAAGGAAGUGAAUCUUGACAAAUGCCCGCGAUCAAAACUUCAACAGCAGUGCAUUAAGUAUCUUGGUCCAAUGGAAAGAAAGGCUUAUGAGGUUGUCCUAGAAGACGGGAAGUUCUUCUACAAGCAAACACAGGAGCUCCUUCACACUGCCGGAGAAAAUAGUGAUGCUAAAUGGAUUUUUGUCCUUAGCACAUCUAAGAACUUGUAUGUUGGCCAGAAGAAGAAGGGAACAUUUCAGCACUCUAGCUUCUUGGCAGGAGGAGCCACGAUCGCUGCUGGGAGAUUAGUUGUCGAAAGUGGCUUGCUCAAGGCAGUUUGGCCUCACAGCGGUCAUUACCAGCCAACAGAAGAAAAUUUUAAGGAUUUUAUUUCAUUCCUUGAAGAAAAUCAUGUUGAUCUCACUGAUGUCAAGAUGAGUCCGGUGGAUGGGGAAGACGACCCACUUAACAAACAAAGAGGCAGCAAUCAUUUCAGGAACAACUCAGCUGAAGAAGAUUUGAUAGAAACAUUGAAUAUUGAGACUGAAGAGAUUGGUGAAAAAGACUUGACUGAAGAGAAAACCGGUUUAGAGGAGCAAGAACCUGCUGCAGCACUAGAACGGUCUAAGUCAAGGAAGUUCUACACCCUAAAUAGAAACUUACCUAAUCUUGAAGUUCCAAAAAGAGGCGAAUCAUUUGAGAGAUCAGAGAAUGAAGAUCCAGCUGCAGGACCGAGUAACAAUAAUAACCUGGUGUUUUCUUCCUUAGGGGACGGUUAUGAAACAGCAGAAGAAGAAGAAGCAUCUAUGGAGGAUGGCUAUGAAACAGCGUCAGGAGAAGAAGUAGCUUCGGAACAGAUAUACGAUGUCCUAAUGGUUGAGUUGUUUGCUGAACAGAUGGUGAAAAUG